AUGAGUUCCAUUUCACAGUACAAGAGGACUGAAGUUAUUGGUCGAGGCAAGUUUGGUGUGGUUUACAAAGCCUAUCAUAAACAGACCAAACAAGUCUUUGCCAUUAAAGUACUCAACCUAGACACGGAGGAGGAAGAUAUCAUAGAUGUCCAGCAAGAAAUCCAAUUUUUAACAGAGUUGAAAAACGUCCCUAACAUUACACAUUAUUAUGGCUCAAUAUUGAACGACACCAAGUUGUGGAUCGUGAUGGACUACUGCGCAGGGGGCUCUCUCAGGACACUCCUCAAACCAGGGGUUAUGGAGGAGAAAUAUAUUGGUGUUAUAGUUAGGGAAUUGCUACUAACUUUAAGUGCUGUGCACAAGUUGGGAGUCAUGCAUCGCGAUUUGAAAGCGGCCAAUGUGUUAAUCUCAAAAGAGGGCAAUGUUCAACUCUGUGAUUUCGGUGUUGCGGCAAAAGUUGUGUCCAACUCUUCAAAGCGAACAACAAUGGCAGGAACUCCUUAUUGGAUGGCACCAGAAGUUAUCAAAUCCGGUGAAGCCUACAACAGUAAGGCCGAUAUAUGGUCAUUGGGAAUAACUGUGUACGAAAUUGCUACCGGCAAUCCCCCAUAUUGUGAUAAAGACGCAUCCUGGGCCAUGCAACUAAUUUCAAAGGGAACCCCUCCCCGCCUUGAAGGGAGAGAGUAUUCGCCAGCAUUGAAGGAAUGUGUUGCGUUAUGCUUGGAUGAAAACCCCGAGGAAAGACCAUCUGCAGAUGAGCUUAUUCGCUGUAAAUUCGUCAAAAUGUACAAACAUCAUCCAAGUAACAUCCUAAAGGAAGUCAUAUCUAGGUACUUAUUGUGGAGAGAUAGGAACUCGUCUCGUGAUUCUGUAUUUAUAAAUUUGGAGAACGAACAGGAGGAUACGGUUGAUGAAAUUGUGCAGCACAAGCUUCCAGGAUAUAAUGAUUAUACUGAGCACAAUAAUGACCCAAUUCAUGUUAAGUGGGACUUUGAUUCUUUGGAGUCAAAGGAGUAUAUUAUGGAGAAUGAUAUCGAUGUGAACAAUCUUGAUUAUAACAAACAAUUUGAUACCGACAGAGACGGUAAUACAUAUUCGACAUUGCCGACACUAAAGGCAAACACUUCCACAAUUGCCAACACGCAAACUGCGACAACAAAAUCGGUGGCGGAUAUACCUCGAUCUUUGCAGAUGCUAUUCGAAGACCCAGAUGAAAAGAAGAACGAACAAUCUAUUUUACAACCACCAAACUUGCUCAAUAAGAGCGAUAGGACUGAAUCACCAACUAUUGAAAUUCCCGAUAUGGACGCGCUUGCAAACUACCCACCUUCCUCGUCACUACUAAAUAACAAUCAAAGUCUCCCGACUCUCAGCAAGCCUCCAACCCUACACCAUACGCAGUCUGCUUCAGGAAAUCUAGAAUCUCGGUUCAAUCCAAUGAAUACUUCGCCGACUGAAAGUCGGCCGCGAAAAAAGACCAUUUCAAAUACCUUGGGCAGUGGUACGUCAUCGAUUUUAUCACCAUCUGGCGUUGGAGCUACACCACAUACGCCACCUUACACGAUGAAUGCUGGGAUCAGAACGCCAUCGCCAAAGCCUCCUGCAAGUACAAAUGCGCAGAUUGCAUCAGGUCUCAACUCUAAAAACAACUCUCCGUCCAAGAUGAAGGCUCUUCAGGGGAACCAUAACCCCUUAUUGCAACCUAUCAACUUCAAGUCCAGUUCCAAUGAUAGCCAUGCAGAACUUACCAAUGGUAGUUCAGUGCCACCAGGACAGGCUCCACCUCCACUUCCCCAUCAACAUUCCAUGCCUGUUCUCCCCCAUUCUAGCUCGGUACCUAGCGCAGCAUCCAAUGUGAAGCCCAGGAGAAAUAAACCGGGGUUCAUACAAAUGCCUACACCAUCGAAUAGUUUAAAUGUUCUCUCUGCGUUGACUAAUGAGACAAAUGAAGACAAUAAUGUGAACCAAUUUGGUAUAAACCCAGCACACGCGGCUAGCAUGCCUAUAUCUAUGACUCCCGUUACUGAAAAAGAGCCUCCUCAAUUCAUCAUGAAAAAUGACGAUAACGGAGAGAAACAGACCACAGUUUCAAAAGAUGGCGCAACUGUAUCCACAACUAGGCCCCAUCAAAACAGCAUCCUGGCACAGAAAAAGGCACAACCUUCACCUUCAAGUGCCAGUGCGCUAGCAAGUGGCCCCAUCCAGCAUCACCAAGGCUCAACUACAAACACAUCUAAACCUGCUUCUACCCAUUAUUCCCUGCUGAAUGGUACAUCAACACCAACCGCACCUUCUGCGCCUUUCCCUACGAUUCCAACCCUUAAAAGUGACUUCUUCAUUGACUCUACAACCAACAAGAGUAAACUUGUGGGUGAGUUAGACACGAUAAUAAAGUUGUUUAACCAAGGCCUAGAUGCGUUGGAGACACACUUGUAG